AUGGCGGCUCCGGGAGGUGACCUCCUGAUCCCCAAGGCCAUGAGGUUGAUCAGAUACGCCGUCGAGAAGACGGGUCGUAUCAUCCGUGACAAACUGCCGCAGGCAUCCAAACCCGUGGUCGAAACCGAAGUCCAACCUGCCUAUGCCCGUGUUUCUCAACAGCAACCCGUCAAUCGAAUUGCUGCAAUCCGUCAGACCCAGAGCCGUUGGUAUAGCACUUGGCGCUAUACCAAAAAUGCCCUCAACGAUUCCGUCAGGCACUACUCCUCCCAAUCUGGGACCAGACCUCGAGCAUCCUAUCCCACCUCACGAACCGCUGGAGCAGUCCAACAAUGGACUGGUCGUACACCAUUUGCAAGCACCCUUCGACCCAAUCUAACCGGAGGCACUCUGUGUCGUUCUGCGGGUGGUUAUGGAUUAGGUGGUGGUCGUGUUGGCGGAGCAAGAUACUUCUCACACUCACCUGCCGCGCCGGCACAAGUGGUUAACAAUGUUUCGCAGGCCGUUCGAGCCUUUUGGUUGUCGGGUCAGAAAGCUCGAUUUGACGGUACCAAUCCUCGAACAGGUGAGAAACGGUUCCGAGCCGUGUCCAGCCUCCAAGAUGAUGCCCGACAUAUUAUGGACGCGUCACCCGCCAACGCUCCAGGAUCAUUCGUGGACUUCAAGGUUUCCCCCACCAUCACCGCCGUGGGCCCAUUAAGCAGCGUUCCACGUUCUUCCACCACUUCCUGCAACUACGAAUUCCACCAAGACACGUUGAACAAUGUCCACUUGAUGUCCAACCUCUCCCUCGAUUUCACGCGUGCCCUGAAGGACCUCGCUGCCAUCAUGAACGACCUCAAGCAUCUCGCCACGCUAGGCGAUCUUCCGAUUUCGUUGCACAACAGCACGACUCUCCGCGUUCGGUUUCCAGGCUGUGACGCCGACACUGUGGAAAGUUUGUGUCGAGAACUCAACGUCAAACGUGGAAUCGUGGGUCAAGAUGAGAACUUUGACGCCCAAAAUGGUACUGAAAUGGCUCUGCUCUUCCCCUUUGCGCCAAGUAUGACUGCCAGCGAAGUUUGUCUCGAUUCCAACUACACCGAUAGACCGGUCAAACGGGCCAAACGAGACCGCGUCGAGUGGCACGAAAUGCUUUCUCCGCCCCCGCAGCCAUCCGCCGGCUUUUCACACAUCUCAGCUACAAGCCAGUCACCCGACGCCUUUGAGAUGAUCGACCAGGCAGUGGGGCAGAAUCCAUGGAUUUCUUCACCAUCCGGCUACUCAAGCUUUCAUGAGAGUGAUUUACACGACCAUGACGAUGAAGACAAUGUUGCCCUGUAUUUUUUCCAACCCCGCAAUACUCCAGUGCGGGAAAGACUUACCACUAUAGCGAGUGGAGGGGAUUAUGACGGAUUGGAAGGGAUAUACAGGUUUAUUGAGGAAUGUGACCGAGCACGAUCUUAA